AUGCUGAAUGAUCUGGUGAUGGAUGUCGACCUGGACUUUGCAGAUGGUCAAAGUCCUAUGAGGACCAAGAAAGCUAAUGAAAUAAUAAGAGAUCCCAUAUCAGGCUCAGUGGUCAUUCCUAUUGAUGCAGAUAAAUUUCCUAAAGAAAGCCAUAAUUCUCCUUUGGUAUUCAAAUUAGGAAACGGUGCUAAUGAGAAUAUAAUGCAUGUCAAAUCGCAAAAAGAUGUGAAUCUUUAUCCAGUACCUUUGUCAACAUCCGACUUCAGUGAGAAUUUCAUCAACUAUAUAUGUAACCUCUUCGAUAUCUACCAGGACUUGGGAAGCCAUCGCAUCUUUUCAAGGCCUACCAUUGGUGUUAUUAGUUCAGAUUAUGAACUUGAGCACACCAGAGUAGUCAAUAUGGCUUUGGAUUCAAUGAUUAUAGAGUUGGAAAUUUUAAUUGCUUCAUAUGACAAAUUAGAAAAUGCUAACAUAGCAAGAAUAUUAGAGUUAGAGCAGUGUUUGGUAAUCCUGCAAUGCCUUAGAACUUUCCAAUUUAUAGAUUCUAUUAAUGAUAGGGCUACUUUCUUUGAUAGCCUGUUGAAAUGGACUAACAGGACUGACGGUGAACCCAAGGUAGAAUACAUUCAAAGCAUAUUCGGACAAUCUGACAGCAGUCAGGUAUUUUUUACUGAACCAUUUUGGAAAUUAGUUUACCAACUGCUAUUGAGAGGGCUUACUGAACAAGCUAUAAACACACUUGAAAAAUCGGAACUCGCAAAAUAUUUGAAAGAAAACUGUGAGACAACUAGCACCAUCUUUGAAGAUUUUAUACAAUUAGUCAAGAAUUACCCACUUGAAUCAGAGGAACAUUUCAGGGAAUGGAAGUCUUUUGCUCUAGAAUUACAGCAAAACUUUGAAGAUGCAGAUACUAAAAUUCCUGUACCACUUCGCAAGAAUUUACUAGAUGCGAUAUCCAUUACAGCUGGUAAUCGUGACAAGAUUUUACAGCACUCGUCAUUUUGGUAUGAGUCACUUACUGGUUUCCUUUUGUACUACAUUCCAUCUGAGGAACUCAUACAGGAAUAUGUAGGUCUGGCAGUUAGCAAGACUCCAAUUGAUGUAACUAACCCAUGGGAAACUGCUUGUUUAAAAAUACUACAAAAUGAUAUAUUCCCAGUUCUUCCAAUACUUGAAUCGCUAGAUAAUUGUACGGCAAGCUUUAGUGCAGCAUUAUGCGAAUCAAAAGGGCUACUCAUUGACAGGUAUACAAUCCUCGAGGAAAAUAGCGGAUCAGACGAUAUCGAAAUAGAUGAUAUUUUUUCACAAAGAAAUGGUAUGGCAAGUUUUCUCUUAAAUAAUUUUGCAUUAGAAUUAUGUUCCAUGAAAAUGAAGACAUUAUGGCCAGUUGCUAUUGGUCUGAUUUCCCUAUCUCCCUACAACACACCAAGUUCUAAGAAAUCUACAAUUGCCGAAUUAAUACCUCAUUAUCCAUUUGAAACUAAUGAUGACAUUGAAUGGGCACUAAGCGUGUGUGCCAAAUGGAGACUACCAGAUAUUGCCAAGGAGAUAUAUACAACUUUAGGUAAUCAAAUGCUAGACAAUGGUAACACUGUAGAGGCCAUAGCAAACUUUAGCAAAGCCGGUCAAUAUGAGUUAGUAAAGCAUUAUUCUUGGCUUUUGUUUGAGAACGCAGCGUUUCAAGGAAAGCCAAUGGAGGAUGAAGUGUUGAGUGCCAUUGUUGAUGGAGAUUUCAAUACUUCAGAACUAAUACCAGACGAAGUGCUGAACAAAGUUGUUACUAACGCAAUGAGGCAGUCGCUUUCACCAUACGCUGUCCUUUCUCAGUUUUUCAGCAAUGUGGAGAACGAGAGGUGGUCUAAGGCCCUUCAACAAUUAAUGUCACUGAUUGAAUUUGAGUACUUGCCUAAGAAAUACACAGUCCUGCUAAUUGUCAAAUACAUGUAUCCUUUGUUCUUGAAUGAUGACCAGAGAAUGAUUGAUGAGGAGACUUUAGUAUCUUUAUUGGCUGCUAUUGAAAAGAAUUGGGAUUGUGAUGAUACCGAUUCAGUCAUCGCUUAUGAGAAACUGUCUGAGGAAAUUGCGGAUCUACCGAAAGAGUUGAAAUCAAUGGAGAAGCUAAUAAGGAAAAAGUUGAAUGGGAAACUCUGCUUGAAUUUGAUGAUAUAG